CGAGUGAUCAUUUCACUUCCGUCCAUCAAGCGGUGAAGACGCGCGCUGUCCGCUCAGCUUCCGAGCUACUGCAGUACUGCCCCCGAGCCCCAGUCGCACAGUCCGCCGGUGAUCGAUUCGAUCGAGGUUGCCCGUUGCCCCAUCAGUUGCGUGCAGACGGUGGUGCAGAGUGGACAGAGUCUUCAGCAAGUUCCCGUUUUUUGCAGUGCCGUGUCCCAAAGUGUUGCAUGUGAACCGGGUCGUCGCUGGCGCACGGUAUCCACAGUGGCACAUAGCUUAGACAUAAUUGAGUGGCCGGCUAGUGAUUGACCGGAGCCCCCGUGUUGAGUAAUCGUGGUCUCGCGUGCGCACUCAGUGUCCUGUGCCAGUUUCGCACCAGUGUGCCAGUAGUGUGCCCGGCCAGUCGGUGAAUCGGUGACACAACAUCCGGCCAGCAAAGCGAUCCAGACGGUGAGAGAGAGCGGCCGCAGUGAAGCAUCAAGGGGAAAAAUUUACAUCCAAUCCGAUACCGAGGAGGAGUAGCAGCUCGGGAGUUUCGUUGUUGUUGUUGUUGGUGGUGCAAACAUUAGCAUCGAUCCGGCCGGAAUCGAUCAAGUGAAAACAAUUAUCCACCAUGACGCAAACGAGCCAUCUGAUAGUGCUGGUCUGUCUCGUGACCGCAGUGGCGGCCAUUCCCGUACGUCAAAGUCAGCUUCUGUCGGCGAUGCAGAACGUGCAGCGACAGUACGACGAACGGUCGGGCAAGGAAGCGGCCGGCUAUCUGCAAGAACUCGAGACGGAAGCCGUUGACCAGGAGCCGGACAGUGGGAAAGCUUCGUCGUCUCCGGAUGCUGAGCAGAGUUCGGCCGGAAGUCGUCGUGAAGGAACAAUUCCCACCGCAAUCCCAUUGCCGAAUCUCCGCAAAAACAAGAUGUUGGGAUACUUUGGGAUGUACUCACCGGCGGCCCUGAGUGCGGCAGCAGCUGCGGCUUAUGCACAGCCCUACGGUUACCCGCUGUAUCACUCCAUGCUGGACUACUACGACGAUUAUCUGCCGGUGGACAACUACCCGAGCCUGAACAUGCUGGCAAACAUGCAAACGUACCCGCAGAAUGUGUACGCCAAUAUGGCUAACGGGUUGGGCUCGUACCAGACGAUGAGUAACCUUUCGCCGAAUCUGCAGCAACAGCUCAACAGUCUCGUGCAGCAGCAGCAGCAACAGCAGCAGCAAGUCCAGCAGCAACAACAACAGCAGCAGCAGUCUUCUAACCCGCAGCUGGCUAACUUGGCCGGACUGGAUGCAAAUGCUGCUUCGCUGGGAAGCUUUCAGAGUCUUGCCGCUAGUUUCGCGGCCGGCAAUGACAACUUCCAGGGCCUGGAGGAUGAAGAUAUUCUUUCGCGCCACAGUCAAGCAGGCCGUCGUCGACCGGCUGUGAAGAACUCGCCGAUCUAUUACAUCCGGUUGCCCCCGACGCCGUACAUGUUCGUGCCCGGGGUCGGUUACAUCUCGCAGCCACCGACGAUUCAACCGAUGGCCGCGCCGGUCCCUCAGUAUCCUCAGCUCGCUCCACCACCGCCAGUUACGAUGAGCCCCUUCUACCAGCUGCCCAUCAACUUCGUCUCGAACGGCAAACCUUCCGGCAUCUACCAGUGGAACGGUGCUCCGGCAGCUCCGGCCGCACCACCACAGCCAACCUUCGCCCUGCCCUAUCCGCGCCCACAGCGACCCGCCUUCGCUCCUUCGCCCUUCAUCCAGGACUCGAAGAUCACCCAUCUGAAGGGUCCGUUCCUGUUCAACGGUCGACCGGAAGAGAUUUUUCUGCUGCAAAACACCUUUAACCCACUGUUCCAGAGUCCGCUGAACUCGUACUACUAGGGACGGAAUGGCAAGGACGCAAUGGACUGAUACGGCACCAUCCGGACGGCGUUUACGUGUGAACGUUUGUGAUCGGAAUGUUUAUAGAAACGCAUUUGGCAACGAACUAGGGCCAGCUACGCGGCAUUACUGCAAUAUCACGAUUAUUACGCAAACUAUACACACACACACACUUACAAAAAGGCACAAGCGGGACACUAAGGCGACGCAAUGCACGAGUGCCCCGCUGCGAUAGCUUACAUACUACGUUCGUUUAGGUUUUAGGCAUAGUAAGGGAAAGCUAGAGAUAGGGAGACUUAAGCAUCACUAAGAAGGUUGUUUUGCGCAACCGCCGCAUCCUCCGGUUCCUGCCAGUAGUUGGAUGGCUUUUGCUGUAAAAUGAUUUACUUGGAGAAACGUUUCGUCGAUGGUUUAGGCUUGAUGCUGUCUUACCCGUGUGUAUGUGUGUGGCAACUUGGUUUCGGGUGGUUCGAAGCGUGUUGCCACCUUUCCAAAGAAAGCCACAUUCAAAUUCAUCACACUCAGACACGUGCGCACCAUCGAUGAAAUGUUUCUUCGACACGACGGUAUUUUCCAUAGAAACGGAGCAGUGAGAUGAAGCAGUUAGGGAUAAAUAAAAAUUAAAUAAAAAUAAAAAAUACUCGUACUCGUGAUCGUCAAACGAAGGCAGCAAACGGGACUAGUGAUUUAGAUGAGGGGGUAGCAUGUAACUUGAUAAACAAUUUAAAUUAAUAAACUACUGCUGAAAAUAAUAAAGUCGAAGA